AUGGCGACAUUUGAUGCAACCGCAACCAGCGAACAGGUUAUCGAAACCUUCUCGUCGCAAAUCAAGGGCCGUACGUUCGUCAUUACCGGCGCAGGCCAGCCCAGCAUCGGGAGUCAAAUAGCUACUUCACUAGCCAAAGGCUCGCCUGCGCAUAUCGUCAUCGCGUCGCGGACAGAAAAGAAGGUCUUACCGGUACUGGAAAGCAUCAAAGCCAUCGAUAGCUACGUGAAAACAACAUUCGUACACGUGGAUCUAACAGACCAUGACUCGGUGCGGCAGGCUGCCACAGAAAUUCUCACAGCGGCACCCAAAAUCGACGUCCUUAUUAACAGCGCCGGUGUCAUGGCUAUCAAGGAAUAUACAAUUGACAAACAAGGUAUCGAAGCACAACUGUCUGCCAAUCACGUUGGCCACUUCCUAUUGACAAAUCUUCUCGUACCGGCUCUUCUGGCUGCGUUAUCCGAAACCGGUGCACCUCGCGUCGUCAAUCUCACCAGCUCUGGCUACCGCAUUACUCCUUUCCGAUUCCAUGACUGGAACUACUCAGACGGGAAAGAGUAUGACCACUGGACGGGGUAUGGCCAGUCUAAGACAGCUAAUAUCUUGUUUGCGUUUGGGUUGGCAAACCGACUGAAGUAUCGCGGCAUAACAUCAACGGCUGUGCAUCCAGGAUACAACGGCGAUACACAGCUAGGUAGCCACUUGAAUUUUGAAGAUUAUAGUGAUAUAAUUCCCAUUAUGAAGCGUAAUACCGGCAAAGACUUCGAGUUCGAGGAGCCCCGAUUCAAGACGUUUACCCAGAUUGCUGCAACGCCGCUUAUAGCUGCUCUGGAUCCGACCCUUCCUAGAAAGUCGCCGGCUUUUUUGCAGAAUAGCCGCAUUGCAGAAGUUGAGGAGCAUGCAUGCAAUGCAGACAGCGUCGAAAAGCUAUGGAAGCUGAGUGAAAAGCUCGUGGGACAGGAGUUUGAAUACUAG